AUGACCCUCGGACACUCGGACACAGCCCGGUGGUUCCUGCACCUGUUCCCCCCCCCCAUCUCCACCCCGCCCUUCCACUCCCCAUCCAGCGCCAUCCUCUCGUCAAACACCCACGCAGCAUUCAGCUACCUAUACAGCUGCCGAUACGCCCACCUUGCCAACCAACGCCCGCGUCCCCAGGCCGCGGCACGGUUGCUUGGCAACGGCCAGGUGACACCGCAGAGCCUCCUGGGACGUGUAGUCCACUGGCGGCGGCGCCUCGGCCGGCGGCGCCAGGAGGGACUACAACCCCCAGAAGGCCGCGCGGCGGGGCGGGGCCGCGGCGUCUCCCGAGAGCCCGCGCGGCCCUCGGCGCAGAGAAAGAUGGCGUCUCCGCUGGCCGCGCUCUUCCCACUGUUGCUGCUGCCGCUGCUCCUCGGACCCGCGCCGGCCGCCGGCCAUGGCGGCAAGUACUCGCGGGAGAAGAACGAGCCGACGCCGAGGACGGAGGAGUUCCGCAUGGAGAAGCUGAACCAGCUGUGGGAGAAGGCGCAGCGGCUCCACCUCUCUCCUGUGAAACUCUCGGAGCUGCACGCUGAUCUGAAGCUGCAGGACCGGGACGAGCUCAGCUGGAAGAAGAUGAAGGUUGAGGGGCUGGACGAGGAUGGGGAGAAGGAGGCCAGGCUCAUCCGCAACCUCAACGUCAUUCUGGCCAAGUACGGGCUGGACGGGAGGAAGGACGCACAGGUGACCAACUACAUCCGCGAUGGUGACGAAGACCAGGGCCUGGACGACCCUCGCUUGGAGAAGCUGUGGCACAAGGCGAAGACUUCCGGAAAGUUCUCUACUGAUGAGCUGGACAAGCUGUGGCGAGAGCUGAAGCAUCACAAGGAGAAAGUGCACGAGUACAACGUCCUGCUGGAGACGCUGAGCAGGACUGAAGACAUCCAUGAGAACGUGAUCAGCCCCGAGGACAUGAGCCGCCUGCAGGAGGAGGUGCUGCAGAGCCGGCACGCCGAGCUCAAGGGGAGACUACGCGCCAUCAACCAGGGCUUCGAGCGCCUGCAGAGGGUCAGCCUCCAGGGCUACGGCGCCCACAGUGAGUUCGAGGAGCCCCGAGUGAUGGACCUGUGGGACAUGGCCAAGUCCUCCAACUUCACCAAGAAGGAGCUGGAGUCAUUCCGGGAGGAGCUGAAGCACUUCGAGGCCAAGGUGGAGAAGCACCAGCACUACCAGAAGCAGCUGGAGCUGUCGCACCAGAAGCUGCGGCACGUGGAGAGCGCCGGGGACCCUGAGCACAUGAGCCGCAGCCGUGAGAAGUACGCGAUGCUGGAGGAGAAGGCCAAGGAGCUGGGCUACAAGGUGAAGAAGCACCUGCAGGACCUGACCAGCCGGGUUUCGAGAGGUCAACACAAUGAGCUCUGA